ACCAUGCCAGUUUCUCUUCACAACCUCCUCUCCUUCUUACCCUCCCUUCCCCUCCCCAGCAAGAAAGAAACAUCAUCUUUCUAUCCUUCUCCCAUCACCAAUCUCCCAUGGCGGAAGCUCUCGACGAGCAGAGAGGACGGGUUCCUCCCGAUUUCCAUCCAUAUCCCGCUCCUUCCUUCUCCCAUGGAGGCGGCGCCAGAGGCCGGGGGAGUUUUGAGGAGCUGCUUCCCUUCUCUGGCUUGGGCCAACGUGAUGUUCUACAAGGCGGGCUACUACAACGUCCAGGUGGUGGUCGGCGACGACGAGCCCGAGGAGGUGCUUCUAAGGAGGUUCCGGCGAGAGGUCAUGAAGGCCGGCGUCGUCCAGGAGUGCAAGCGGCGGAGGUGGUUCGAGAAUAAGCACGAGAAGACGAAGCGCAAGGCCCGGGAUGCCGCCCGGAGGAAUCGAAAGAGACGUUUUCGGCCAAAAACUACUCCAAAAAAUAAGCAAGAAGCACCAAAGAAAAAGAAAGAGGAAGAAGAAGACAAUUGGGAACUUCCUGAAGGAGAACUUCUUUACUGAAUUGGAGUCACACCACUCUUAUCUUUUUGGGAGGAGACUCUGCAGUGGUUCUACAUGUGCAGUGGUGCUGGAGCUGAUCUUUAUGCUACUUAUUUUUGUAAUUUUGAUGUCCAAUCUCAUAGAUGUAAUUGAGUUUGAGUUCACAAACAUUGAUCCCAUUUUAUUUAGAUCUUUCUUCAAAUCCAAAUCCUAGGCAAUAGAAAAUCUUCAUAUGGAAGAAAAAGUAUUU